CGACGAGACCCGAGCCCAGUUUCGAUGCGAUGCCCCAGUCUCGAGCUCGGAGGAUGGCAGUGCUGUUACGGGAGCGACGAUUCAAGCUCUAAUGUCGAGGUGGGAUCCUAAUCGAGGCACUUUGUUCCGCGCGCUUCUCCACUGCUACUUUAGAAUUUCCCUUCCUCGGCUGAUUUUCGCAGGUUUCCACUCGUGAAUUGGAUGAGGAAUGCCAUGUCUGGGACCAAUCCAUGUGCGUGUAUGGUGCGAUUCCACGAGCUUCGAUCGUCGGUAGGGUGGAAUGUUAUGCAGAGGCGAUUGGAUCGAGCUGGGAUGUCAGAUUCGAUUCUGCAGUUCCGUGAUAUAGACGAUGGAGCGAAGAUCGACUGUUUAAAUUUCUUGUAUUGAUAAACAACAAGCUUAAGUUUUAACUGGAGGGUUAGAGUGUUCUAUGAGCGAUGGCGAUCUCAAUCGCGGCCGAAUGGGAGGCCCUGUACAAUCGUUACUACCGGAAGCUGGAGGUUUACACUAUGUGUUGGAACGGUAUUGAUUUGAGCCGGCACAAAGUGGCAUGUGCGAGGUUUGGAGGACCGAUUGCCAUGGUGCGGGAUGAGUCCAAGAUGGUGCAGCUGCGAGCUGAAUCUGCUCGAGCGAAGUUGCUCUUGUUCUCGGCCUCCGGCAAGCUGCUCUCUUCCGUGCCGUGGGAUCGUCCGGGCGGGCGUCUUAUUACCCUCGGGUGGACUGAUGAGGAGAUUCUUCUGGCCGUUGUGCAUGAUGGUACUGUCUUCCAGUAUAAUAUUCAUGGCGAGCUUAUUCCAGAGCAGCUUUCGCUUGGACAAGAGUGCUGGGAUCAGGGAGUGGCGGAUUGUAUAAUUUGGGGGAGCGGCCUUGUGGUAAUCACAGAGCAGAAUCAGCUCUUUAGUAUCCCGAAUUUGGAGACAAAGAAAGUUGUCAAGCUAGCCGAUCCUCAUUUGGAAGACCCUCCGCAUUGUAUGGCUGUUGUGGAGCCGCAGUACACAUUCUCUGGAAAGUUGGAAGUCCUCCUAGCCGUUGGACCUUCUGUUCUGGUAGUAGAUGAGGAUAAUUUUCAAGACCAGAUGGUUGAUUUUGGACCAAUACAAAAGAUGACUCUUUCGUCAAAUGGGAAUUUUUUGGCCUGUUUCACACAUGAUGGUCGUCUACUGGUUGUGCUCACGGAUUUUAGCAAAACAUUGCUGGAGCACACAACAGAGUCAGCUCUACCACCAGAGCAGCUCGUGUGGUGCGGGGUUGACAGUGUUCUCCUCUAUUGGGAAGAGCAACUAGUCAUGGUAGGUCCUUACGGUGAUGUAGUCAGAUUCUCGUACGAUGAACCUAUCGUUCUCACACCUGAAUGUGACGGCGUCCGCAUACUGUCCAACACGUACAUGGAGUUCCUGCAGCGGGUACCCGACUCCACCGUUUCUAUCUUCAAAAUUGGCAGCACUUCUCCUGCAGCCAUGCUCUACGAUGCUCUGGAGCAAUUCGACAAACGAAGUGCGAAGGCGGAUGAGAACAUCAGAUUAAUAAGUGAUAAACUUCCAGAGGCUGUUGGAGAUUGUAUCGAUGCAGCAGGCCAUGAAUUUGACAUCUCGCUUCAACGCACUCUGCUGCGGGCUGCUGCUUAUGGCAGGGCGUUUUGCAGGAAGUUUGAUCGAGAUCAGUUUCAGGAUAUGUGUAGGACCCUGAGAGUGCUGAAUGCUGUACGUCAGUUUGAGAUUGGUAUACCUUUAAGUAUCCAGCAGUUCAAGGACCUUACAGCGCCGGUUCUUGUAGCACGGCUUGUGAAUGCCCAUCGACAUCUACUGGCUCUUCGCAUAUCUGAGUAUCUAGAUCUAAGCAAGGAAGUUGUCCUGGUACAUUGGGCAUGUACAAAGAUUAUUGCAUCUAGUGAUGUUCCGGACGCAAUCCUUCUGGACGUAUUAUUGGAGAAGCUCAAAGUGUGCCCGGGAAUUUCGUAUGCCACUGUGGCUGCUGAUGCACAUCGAAAUGGGCGGCAAAAACUCGCUGCUCUUCUUCUGGACUACGAACCACGUGCCUCUGAGCAGGUUCCUCUCUUGACAAGUAUGGGUGAAGAGGAGAGGGCGCUUGUGAAGGCCAUCGAAAGUGGUGACACUGACUUGGUUUAUUUCUCAAUUCUUCACAUUUGGCGCCAAAAACCUCUGCCAGAUUUCUUUCGCAUCAUCCAAGCGAAAUCUCUUGCUCGACAUCUGUUCGUUGCAUAUGCCAGGCAAAAUGAUCCGGAGAUUUUGAAGAAAUUCUUCAUCUCAAUUGGACAACUCCAGAGCGCAGCAGAAGUCUUUUUGAAAGAAUCGUGGUCUUAUUCCCGGAACAUGGGAACUCGUUCUGGGUCAGCUUUGCAAGGGCCUCGCUUGAAAGCAAUAGAUCAAGCAAGUGAACUUUAUGCACAGACCAAAGAACAUAUGUUUGAAGCUAAGGCCGCUGAAGAACAGGGAAAACUGCUCAAGUUGCAGCAAGAGCUUGAAAUUUCCACAGGACAACCCAUCUUUGUGGACUCCAGUGUCAGUGACACAAUACGCACGCUGAUCACUCUAGGCAAUCACCGAGCUGCUCAAAGAGUGAAAGUGGACUUCAAGGUACCUGACAAGCGCUACUACUGGCUGAAAGUGUUUGCACUUGCAACUGCAAAGCAGUGGGACGCACUGGAGAAGUUUUCAAAAGAAAGGAAACCUCCCAUUGGAUACAAACCGUUUGUGGAGGCAUGCAUAGAAGAGGAGGAAAACCAAGAGGCUCUGAAGUAUAUUGUAAAGCUUACAAAUCCUGAAGAGAGAGCAGAGGCAUAUGCACGUAUUGGCAUGGUAAAAGAAGCAACUGAAGCUGCUGCUCAAGCGAAAGACAAUGAAUUACUGGGCAGAUUGAGAUCUACAUUUGGUCAAAAUACGCCUGCGGGGGCUCUUUUUGAUUCUUUACGUGAUCGCCUCUCAUUAACUUAGUCCGUGCAAAAAAAUUAUAAACUAGGUUUUGUAGAGAUUUGAAACAGGUUUAGAUUGUUGCGUUAGACUUGUUUUUGUGUACAUUUUAUGUAUUUGAUUCUUCUCGUAUCCAUGGUCUUGUUGGAGUUGUUAUCAACUCAGGGCGCUCUCGUAAAGAUAGAAUUGGGACCCAACCUUGCUGUAAGAGGAAAAGGAGAAUUCUGAACAGAGACAUCCAGCCAACUUUCACGUUGUGUCAAAUGAUAUGUAAAAUGCAAAGCUUCUGGUUGUAAGAUUGUGAAA